UGCACCAAUAGCAGCUUUUGAUUGGAAACUUAAGACCUAAACUCAUCUCCUCAAUGCAUUGUACUUGAGGGGGGUGUGGCGUGAUUUCUUUCUUUGUAACUGGUCCGUGAGAAUAUCUGGACUGGAUAAAAAAUGGACAUCAUUUUUUAUAAUAAACUCCUUGUUGAUUGAUCUUCUUCUUUCUGCUCCCCCAAAGUUGGAGCCCCUCUUGAUUCCGAUAAUUAGAAUAGUACUUUUCAAAUUCAAAAUCUAAGAUGUUUUUGGCUUGUAGCUCCAGGAGUCCAGGGUCAUUCUAUUACAACACUCCUUUUAAUGGUUAACUUCAGUCAUCAUUUCCCCCCUCAAACAUAAAAACAAUCUCCAAUAGUAUAAGAAAUAUUACCCAAGAUUUCAUUAGUUUAAGGUCCCCAUUGUAAUUUGGAAGAUCCAAUCUUCAAUAUUGAGAGGAGAAAACCUGCACUUGCUAGAUACGUUUGGUAAGGAAAGAAAAACCCAAAUGAUGACUUGCCUUCCCAUUCACUUGGGAGAAAGUUAAAUGAUGAGACAGAGAGUUCUGAGAUAGUGAUUGCAUGCAACAAAGAAAGAAGAGAGAAGGAAGGAACUGACAAUUUGUUUCUUGAUAUAAUUCCUAACUAUGCCUACAUGUGGGCAGGGGUGCACACCCAAAAGGCAAACGUCCCAACAUCUCAAGGUGGCAUUGUAGAAAAAAUAGUUUCACGAGGCUAGAAACGAUACAUACAGGAAGUGAUGAACGAAAAUAGAAGAUUACCCAACCAGAAUGAAUGUCACUGACUGCUCUCUGUAGAUUUUGAAGAUGACGUUGACUCGUCUUCAGACGUUCUUGCUUAUGGGUGGACAAUCGACACAAAGUAUUACACAGCUGACGUCUCCAUGUGGAUGGCUCAUUUAUUUAAUGAAUUUUCUAUCACAGGGGUGCCAAUGUUUGAUCGAGUAGCUGCCUUAGUGAUGGUUUUUGACCUGAAUAAUCUAUCAUCGUUUUCCGAACUUAAAAAAUGGGUCUCAUGCAAUGAUAUUCGGAACUUUGACAUCUUGUUAUGCAUUGGGAACAAAGUGGAUCUUGUUCCAGGUCAUUCAGCCCAUGUUGAAUACAGAAGACGUCUGCUCAAUCUUGGCCAAUCCCAGGAUGAUCACGGAUGUGACUCAUCAGAAUAUGGUAUUUCUGAAACAGAAGGAAGUAUUUUACUGGGAGAUGAGGAACCAUCAUCAGAGAUUAAAAAAUCUUGCAUGGAAUGGUGCUUGGAGCAUAACAUUGAAUAUAUUGAAGCUUGUGCAUCAAAUGCUAGGUUUGACAAAUGUUUGUCAGUAGAUGGUGAUUCACAGGGCGUUGAGCGACUUCAUGGGGCUCUAUCUGCUCAUAUGUGGCCUGGAAUGAUCUUGAAAUCUGGCCGUACUAUAAGUCAACCUUCAUUACCGGAACAAGAAGAUUCAUCAGAUGAAGAACCCAACUACGAAUUGGAGUAUGAAAUUUUAUCAGCUGGAUCUGUAGACCCCUGGGAUGAUACAGAUCCAUCGUGGAUGUCUGCAACCAAUGACACUACACCCCUAGAUAGUUCGGAACCAGUUGUCAAGAACGAACGGCAAGUUGGGGAAAAUAUGCAGCCAUCAACAUCAAAAUCACAAUCACAAGAUAACGAAGAAGUGAUACCUGAAGCACAUGAACCUGAUGAAACUAAAGAUGAGGGUGGUGUGCAUUAUGAACUUGAGGAUAUGGAACAGUUGAUGUCCGAGAUUGGGAGUAUGCGCGACAGCUUAAGGUUGAUGCCCGAUUUCCAGAGAAGGGAAAUGGCUGCAAAACUGGCCAUGAAAAUGGCUUCUAUGUUUGGAGACAGCAGUGGUGAUGAAGGGGAAAUAGAGCUGUAAAUGUUGCUAAAAAGAACAGAUUGGAUGAACUGCUGGUGAAGUAUGUUUGCUUCCCUUCUUGCCGUUAUGAAGGUUUAUGGCAAAACGCCCCGUAAGUGCUUAAGAUUCGUGAUUCUUGUGUUAUUGUGGAGGUUUAUCUUCAAAACUUCUUUCUUGCAUUUGUUAGUCUUACUCUUGGCAAAACAGGGUCUUCACAGAAACAGUCACUUUACUUUUUGGGGUAGAAGAAUUGUUGUAUACAUUUUAACUUUUGCGGAUUCUACUUCUCGUGGGAUUUACUGGGUAAGUUUGGUUUGGUAUGUGUUACAGCAGAGGUGCCUAUAUGAACCGUAAAACUUGUAAAGUGAACUCUCUACAUGUCA